UUUCCAUUUACAAAUUGAAAACAAUCUGUUUAUAUAGGAUAAUUAUGAAAUCAAUCAAAUGCAUGGUUUAGUGUUUGCUCAAUUCAUAUACGAAUGGCAAUUUUAUACAUUGCAGGUAGGUGAUGAAUUUUUUUUCCGUUUAUAUGGACAAAUUGACCAAAAAUAAUGAUGAAAAUUUUUUAGUAGAUUUUUAUUUUUACGAUCAACAAAACAAACAAACAAAAGGAUAUUAUUAUUAGUUAUGUCUAUAUAUGUAAUAAAAUACAUUUAACCGGAUGGAUAGAUUAACGCGUUUUUUUAUGUUAUUAUUUUGAUCAUAACAAAUUUUCACAUUUCAUUUCACGAUUUGUCAGCAACUUUUUUUUUAUUAUAUUGAUUUGUGGUCAUCGGUGUUCAUUUUCUAAAAUACAAAAGAGCCUAUAAUAUAUAUUGUGGCCUUUAUUUUUCAUUGUUUUUUUUUAUCCUCAAAAAAAAAACAAAACAAAGAAAAAGAAUUUUCUCGAGUUUUUCAUUAUUUUCUGUUCAUUUUAUAUUACCGAUAAAUCGUUUAUCAGUUUAGUCACAGUGAUGAUAAACAAUGAAAAUUUGCUGAUCACAACAAAUUGACCGAUUAUUUUGGUGGUGUGUGUUUAUCAUGAAUCAAUACGAUGCUAAUUUUUUUUUUCUCAUUGAAAUCGUAAGUCGAUUUUUUUUUGUAUUAGAUUGGGAAAUAAAAUUCUUGGCCAAAAGAUGGCAAUAGUGUUCCAAACACUUUUUUAGCCAAUGGAAGCGCCGAAUAUAAAAAAUAUUCCUUAGACAUACGAAUUUGCUAUAUAUCCAUCAUUCGGAUAAGUGUGAGUCGAUUUUGUUUUGUUUUUUUUUUUUUUUUUUUUUGAUCACCAGAAUCGAAAUCGGAUUUUGUUUUGUUUUGGUUUUGGUUUUCGUUUUCUAAAUCCAAUAACAAAGUGUAAAGAAAUCCAUACAUCAUGUCACGUAUAUUGAAGACAUUGAUUUAUAUUCGUGAUCGUAUGACAUUUUGGGCAAUCAAAACGACAAAUGAAAAAUAUGAUGAUGAUGAUGAUGAUGAUAAUAAUGAUGAUGAAGAUGAUGAAGCAAUCAAUUUGGAUGAAAUUGAAUUCGAAGGUCGUGGUAUGCGUACCGAACGAAUUCUUCGGGCCAUCAUUCGUGUACCGAUAAGAUGGUUUCAUUUAAACUAUCAUGCAAGAAAACUGGAACGAACAAUGAAUAAAGAACAUCCAGAAUGUCCAGUACGUGUACGUAUUGUCGAUAGAUUGGUUGGCAAUAAUUUUAUUGAAAAUAUCUUCGAUACCGGAUUGAUGGUCAUUCCGUGUUUAUUUUUAUUUAGCUUUUUUCUUUGGGCAUUAUCUCAAUUUGUAGCUCGAACUAUUCUUGAACCUGUUUCUUAUGCUAUUGCUUUCAUUUCGGUAUUCAUAUUCUUCAUAUUUGGUAUUGUAUUUGUAUUUGCUGCAUUUUUUGGCUAUGAAUUUGAAUAUAUAGAUGGAAAAAAACACCCUAGACGUAAACGUAAUCCACCUGAAUCGUAUCAAAAAAUGGCAUAAAAAAAAUCAUCAUCAUUCAAUGCCAUAAAUAAUGUCAACAACGAAAAGAAAAAUCUAACAUAUUUGUUCUUUGGUUACUCCAUCGAUUAUUGUUAUUAUUAAUACAAAUAAACAUUUCAAGUUAAUAAUGAUUGAUUAAUUCAAUUGUCAAUUAUUUUAUAUGUAGAACUAAUAUAUAAAUGUCUAUAGUAGAAGUUUGUCACACCGACAAUCAUGAUGAUGAUGAUGAUGAUGAUGAUGAUGAUGACGACGACACAAUUUUACAAUUCGACAAAUGACACUUGUUUUAUUUCAAUGUGUAAUUUUUUCUUCUUUUUUAAUGAGAGAAAAAUGAUAAUAAAAUCAAUUUACAAUGGUAAACCUGUUUCUUAUUAUACAGCAUUUAUGUUGUGCACACUCAAUGUAUUACACACAUACAAUUAUUUGUCACGGUAACUAUGAGAAACAUUUUUCAAAUGAUAAGUUUUGGACGAAUGAAAGUAACAAAUUCAUAUCAUAUUCACUGCUCUGGAUACAUUCAUAUUCGAUAAUCGAUUGUGUUUAUUCGAUAGUCAAUGUCUUGUGUUGAUAUUGAUGUUUUGAUCGAAAAUUAUUUGGGAAUAUUAUUUCAAUUAUUUCAAAUUUUUUAUUU